AUGGUCAACAUCGUGGGGCUCUCGAGCCUCAACAACCGCGGCGACGACGACCAGCGCGCGCACGGCGAGACGCCCAACCAGUACUACGCGGGCGGCGCGUCGGACCGCGGCGGCGGCAGCGGCCUGUCGGUCAUCGGCCCGGGCGGCGGCGACGACCACGUGGCCAACAUCAUCGGCCGGGCGCAGCAGGACGCGCGCGCCGCCGCCGCGGCCGGCGAGAGCACGCAGCCGCGCCACGUGAUCACCUUCUACCGCGAGGGCUUCACGGUCAACGACGGCCCGUACCGCGCGCGCUCGGACCCGGCCAACCGGCCGUUCCUCGAGGCGCUCGAGAGAGGCCAUGUGCCGCAGGAGCUCGAGGGCGAGAACCGCAACGAGCCCGUGGAGAUCAGCCUUGUGGACAAGCGCUCGGAGGACUACGUGGCGCCCCCACCGCCCGCGUACACGGCCUUCAGCGGCGAGGGGCAGACCAUGGGCUCCGCCUCCUACGCGGCCGACGCCGUGAUCCAAGGAGCGGCGGUGCCGGCAGAGCGCCCCGUGAUCGACGACAAGAAGCCCACGACGACGCUGCAGAUCCGCCUGCACAACGGCCAGCGACUGCGCGAGACGCUCAACUUGGACCACACCAUUCGGGACCUGCACGCGAUCAUCCAGCUGAACGACGCUGGUGCACAACCGUACACGCUUCUGGCUGGAUUCCCGCCCCGCCCCGUGUCGACGGAUCUGGAGCAGACGAUCGAGCAGGCUGGACUCAAGGGCGCCGCCGUCACGCAGAAGCUCAUUUAA